CCUUAUAGACCUACCAUUUGUAGUUUCCUUAUCCUCUCCUCUUGAGUCCUAUGGUGGAGAGUGGAGAGUGGAAACCAGGUUAAUGUUUCUUGUGCAACUUCUUGCAACCUACUAUCUUAUGGGGCUCAAAAAUAUUAAUUUAACACAGAGAACCGCUUUCGAGGAUACAAAUAGGGGGAAUUGAGUAAAUCUCUGUACAGGCCAGAAUGAAAGGAGUUAAUCAGAGGGUCGUGAGGACGGUGAGUGCAUUUCUGGCUUGCAUAAUAGUGGUGGGAGUUGUGUGUACUUUGCUAUUGAUGAACAACUUCAGGCUUCCUUCACUCCGAUUCUCUACAAUGCAAACGCUGUUCCAUUCAGAGAUGGACGAUUAUGCAACAGAUCCAGAUAUUCCUCCUUAUAAUUCAUCAGAUGUUACCGACGAGCUAAAAGUAAGCCUUUCAAAAGCGGCGAACCAGGAGAAAACCGUUCUAAUCACGACUCUGAAUGCGGCGUGGGCGCAGAAGAAUAGCAUGGUGGAUUUAUUCCUGAAAAGUUUCCACAUCGGUAACGGAACCGAGGCGUUGUUGAAAAAUUUGUUGAUUGUUGCCGUAGAUGAGAAGGCGCUCAAUCGCUGCCGGGAAAUUCAUCCGCAUUGUUAUCUGAUGAAAACAGAGGGAGUCGAUUUCUUGGGAGAAAAGCUUUACAUGACUCGAGGUUAUUUGAAAAUGAUGUGGAGAAGGAUUCGUUUCUUCGGACAAGUGUUGGAGCGAGGAUAUAACUUCGUUUUCUCGAAUAAUUCAGAUUAUACUAUUAUUAUCCAGGAUGCCGAUAUUAUACUAAAUUCUCAUCCAAGGCAGAUCAAAUGGAAAGAGUUCAGACGCAGGCGACUUAAAUUCGAAUUCCUUGACACUAAAUAUUUUGGCGGGUACUGUGAAAGAACGAAAGAUGUGAACUCGGUUUGUACAAUGCAUGCCAACUGUUGUGAACUCGGAUUGAAGGCGAAGGUUAUUGAUUUGAGAAAUACUCUUUCCGACUGGGAGAAAUAUAAGCAACAAGAAAAGCUAGGUAAAGGCAAGGAUGUGCUCUGGACAUCUCCAGACGCAUGUCGGAAUUCCUGUCGCCGAUGA